AUGUAACUAAUGGUCAUAAUUAGCUAGUACGCAGAUAAGGACUUGACAUGUGUUGGUUUAUAUCAUUGAUUAUUUUCCUGAUAGAUAGACGAAUAAACAAACCACCAGCAGACAUUUCACUCUGUUGUGUGUGUUCAGUACAUAUUUAAACUCCUCUCUGUUCUCCUCAUGCUCAUAUUUUACUGCACUUCUCUCUAUUUUCUGUGUCAGGAGACUACAGGUUAUUCAAGUCCAAUUAAAAGAGUCAGUUGUGAAAGCAACAUGAUCACAAGGAUGUCACAUUUUCACAGCAACAUGAAGAAGGAAAUCAGAGUCAUCAAGGCAAUGACCUUAAAACAGUCACAGGCUCACAAAAGGAGAAGUAAGAAAAAGUGAAAAUAGAAACAGCUCCAAAGAUGGAGGAUGAGGUGGUAGCUGAAGUUACUUUAAAAACCUGUGUAUACUUCCUCUCCUUCAUCCUCCUCCUUCUGCCCUUUCCACUCCUCCGCUCACCUCAUACCACUCGAUUCUGAUCACCAUGCGACUGUCAUCGCUAUAAAAAUCACUUCCAUCGCUGUCUGGGUCGCACACAUCCCACAAGUCUCACUCUGUUUGACUGGCUGAGGUGAAUGAAGAUAUUUUAAGAGAGCUCGUGUCAGCGGAGAUGUUGGCAGGUGCAUUAGUUAUGAGCACCAUCCUCACAGCUUUACCAGGUAUCCAGAGCAGGUGGAGUGUGUCAUUUUCAAGGAGGGAGAUCUGUGUAUGGGCAGGAACAACUGUCACUCUGCCCUGCCGUUAUGACUACCCAUCAGGCCACACUGUGAAGCGAGUCAUGUGGUUCCGUGUGUCUGCGGAAGGUCGCAGGGAGUUCACCCACCACACCGACACAAACCAGAUCAGCCUGUCAUACCGCGGACGCACACGCUACAUCGGGGGCAGCUACUCCAGUUGUUCAGUCCAGAUUCGGGGUGUGAAGCUCAGUGAUGCGGGUCAGUAUCACUUCAGGUUUGAGACAGACCAGCCACUGGGCAGAUGGACCUCCCCUGACACCAUCACUCUCGAUGUGACAGACCUGCAGGUCCAGGUGCAUCCAGCCAGGCCCGCCAACAUGUUUGGCUUCGGAGAGACAGUGUUUGUCGGCUGCCAGGCCAGAGGAUGUGCUGCUCCAGGAAGGAGCCUUGCACUCUACAGGACUGGACUAAACCUUGGCUCUUAUGAGAAAUGGAUGAUCAUCAACAGAUUUGACCUGCAACAUGCUGGAGCAUACACCUGUCGACCAAUACCACCACAGAAUGUACAGUCUCCAUCCCUCACCCUGGCCCUGGGACAUGGUCCUCACUCCACCUCUAUAGCAGUCUUUCCUGCAGGGGAGGUGUCUGAGGGGGGGUCGGUCACUCUCACCUGCAGUAGUGAUGCAGCUCCGCCUGUGGAGAGCUUUGCAUGGUUUAAAGACAUGGAGAGUGGCAGCAUCCCAGACAGUUUCAGGCCUCAGCUCCGUCUGUCCCAGCUCAAAUAUACAGACAGAGGAGAGUACUUCUGUGUAGCUCGUAACUCACUGGGAACAGACCGCUCCAAACCACUGCUGCUCAAUGUCACUUUCUCUCCAAAGAACACACAUGUGCUGGUGAGUCCUCGAGGUGACAUCAGAGAAGGUUCAUAUGUAAACCUGAGCUGUGUGAGCCACGCCAACCCUCCUGCUAGCAGGUACGCUUGGUAUCGUAUCCUUGGUGAUCAGGUGUUAGCUAAAGGAACAUUUCAGAACCUGACAUUCGCAUCAGUGCGUGCUCACCACGCUGGUCAGUACUACUGCACAACAUCGAACCCUUUAGGAUACCAAACCUCCCCUGUUGCGACUCUCACUGUACUCUAUCCUCCUAAGAACACUUCAGUUCUGGCUCGUCCCUCCAGUGUGGUGGACGCUGGCCGACCGCUGACUUUGACCUGCAGCAGUCAGGCCAACCCAGCAGUGGACAACUUCACAUGGCAUCGCUUAGCUCUGGACGGGGGCUCUGUACAAUCAUGGGGAACCAAGUCAGGUCCCGUUUUCACCUUCUCAGAGGUCGGCCCCGGAGAGAGCGGUCAGUACUACUGUGAGGCCAGGAAUCGAAUCGGAGCCCACAGCUCUCCUGUCCUCACUGUCCGAGUCAGAGGUCGUCUUAAAGUCAUUGCCUUGGCAUCAGCUGUGGGUGUGUCUGCUGGACUCAUCACUCUCACUGUGGCCAUUAUGAUCAGUAAGAACAUGCACAGAGUGGACAUGGAGUCAGUGGAAGUAGCAAACAAGCGUCCAUCAGUGACAGCUGACACCAUCUUCUAUGAGUCAGCCCAACAGACUCUCCCAGUGAGAAAGGGCAAGAUGUCCGACAUACCGGAAGAGCCAGAGGACUUAAGUGACAGCUCCCACCCCUCCAUUGUUCCUCUAAAGGAUGCUCCACCAGUCACAGAAGUUGAAACCUGCAAGCCCGCCCCUAAUUACAUCACCGUCCACUACUCCAAGUUGUCCAGUUCUGACCAGGUGCAGGUCCACAGCCUGCCACUAGGUGGUGAUAAAAAACCAAAGGACUCCUCCAAAGUUGUUUACACCUUACUGCCCCAGCCUCGCCACUGAACACAAGGAGGCAGCUGAACAACACAUCAGCCCUCCUGUGAACCAGUCACUUUGCUUCCGCUCGCCAAGAGAGGACUGUGGAAACCAGAAACUACUCCUUGUGAGCUCUAAAGAUGCCUUACACUGUUCUGGGUGAGACAUGUUCUCCAUAGUUCUUCCGACCACGAAGGCUUCAUGUGGUCCUGCUGCUGACUGGGAGUUCUGCAUCUGCACCGUGCUGCUUGUCUUUCCUGUUUUUUAUAUGCAUCUCCCCACAGUAUGACAUCUGAUGAAGUGAAAGUGGCUAAGUAAAUAGAAAAAAGGAACAGUAACAUUUGCAUUCUUAUCCAUAGUACAGGCUGUAAGUACUGUUGCUUUUCAGUUGAUGCUUGACACUGAAAUUUGCUACCAAGAAUAUGUAGAUGGCACAAUAUGACUGGUUGUUGCAUUAACCUUUGCAUCCUCAGACUAUUGAAAAGUAAUAAUUGUUUGUAUUCAAUCAUAACUGUCUCCAAUAAAUUGACAGUGUGGUAUUAAACGUGAUAGUGGAAAAAAACGUACAUCUCUGAAGAGUAUGCAAUAUUUGGAACAUUAAUUUCCUCACUGUAUUCAACAGGCUUGUUCUGAUUGCUGAUACUGCAACAUUUAUUCAGUUUAUACAGCUUGCUUCCAUUAAAUAAGUCUUUGCAUUUAUAUGUAGUAUCAGCUAAGCCAGCAAUAAUGCAGAUUACAUCCUGUAAUUUGUUACACUAAAGAAAAAUGAAACCAAAAAAUGUUAUAACUUGUAUGUGUGUCACAUUUUUUUGUAGGAGAUUAAAAAUUAGGAUGUCUCACAUUACCUUCCCAUUUUAAACAGUCUGCCCCACAGAUCCUCAUUGCACUACAGCAGCCAUUACUCAAACAUACAAUACAAUACAAACUUGAUCAUCACUUACCGAACCAAAUUGU